AUGGGUGAAACAACUUCCCUAAGGACGCUGAGACAGUUUUGUAAUGGCAUCCAGGAUAUCUUCGACCGGGAGUAUCUACGGAAGCCAAAUGCCGAUGAAUGCCAGAGAUUGAUCGAUAUGCACGGGACAGUGCACCAUUUCCCGGGGAUGUUGGGCAGGUCGAACAACGACAUUAACGUUCUACAGUCGUCUCAUCUCUUCAAUGACGAGUGGUGGGGUGAGGGUCCGACGCUAAGAUUCGUGGCCAACGACACGCAGUCCAACAAGGCAUACUAUUUGGCCGAUUGGAUAUACCCUCUUUGGCCCAUGUUUGUCACGACGACCCGACAAUCGGUUGGGCCGAAGCAAUCCUAUUUCGCGGCAAAACAAGAGGGUGCUAGGAAGGAUGUUGAGCGAGCUUUUGGUGUCUUCCAAUCGCGAUGGGCCAUUCUAUAG